CACCGGGCUGCCUCAGGACGCCAACACACUCCCUCCUCACUAGACUAAUUAGGGAGAGCAGGAGAGAGAGUCUAAAGACACACACUGCUGUUUCUUCCCCAGAGCCUGCAGUGUAGCCCCAGGGUUUAAAACACACCUUUUUACCUACCCACAGUUUAGAGAAAAGGAAGUUUGGUAGCUAAAAUGGAGGAGACGUACCUGCUGAACUAUCCAGGGGUCAAGAAGAAGAUUCUGGCCGGAGGGAAGGGCCCAAUGCCCCACUUUGCACCGGGGACCAAGCUGGUGUUCCACUUCCAGACGCUGUUAGACAACUUUGAGCGCACGGUGAUUGACGACAGUCGUAAAGCCAAAGCCAAGGUGCCAAUGGAGAUCUUUGUGGGGAAGAUGUUCAAGAUGGAGGUGUGGGAGACGCUGCUGACCUCCAUGAGGAUCGGAGAGGUGUCCGAGUUCUGGUGCGAUGCCGUUCACACAGGCUUGUACCCUAUCGUGUCCAAAGGGAUGAGGCUGAUUGCCCAGGGCAAGGACCCCCUAGAGGGCCAGAGGCACACGUGUGGCAUGGGGAACAUGUUCCACUACAACACUACUGGCUGGCCUGAGCUGGAUGAACUGAUGAGGACACCUCAGGCACUGAUCUUCAUCAUGGAGCUCAUUCAGGUGGGAGACCCCUUCUCGUACAAGCGGGAGUCGUGGAUAAUGGACAAGGAUGAGAAGAUGAAGGAAGUGCCCUCGCUCCACCUGCAGGGCAAUGCGCUGGUCCGACAGGGGCACUUCAGAGAGGCUGCCAAGAAGUACCAGGAAGCUGUGGUGCUACUCCGGAUUGUACUGUCCAAGGAGAUGCCAGGUGAUGAGGACUACAUAGCCGUGGACAGGCUCAUCACCCCCCUAGUGUUGAACUACUGCCAGUGCAUGUUGGAGCUGGAGGAGUACUAUGAGGUUCUGGAGCAUACCAGUGACCUGAUACACAAACACAAAGACUGUGUCAAGGCAUACUACAAGAGGGCCAAGGCCCAUGCUGCAGUGUGGAACGAGAAGGAGGCCAAGAGAGACUUCAACAUGGUGGCCCACCUGGACAUCACUCUGGCCCCUCUGGUGCACAAAGAGCUGAGGUUCCUCGCUGAUAGACUGAAGGAGAAAUACUGGGAGGAGAAGGAGAAAUACUGGAACUGCCUGGAGCAAGAGGAAAAAGAGGGGAAGAAAGAGGAAGAGGAGAAGGAAGAUGAAGAGGGCGAGAAAGAGAAGGAUGGUGAGAGCACAGUGACCAAGGUGAAAGAUAAGGAGAAAAGCAAAGAUAACUCAGCCUCUUCCAAAGAGGAAGUGAAAGAUGUCAAGGAUGACAAGCAGAAUGAGACAGGGUGGAAAAAGGCUAUAGAGAAGGAUGGAACAACCAUUACUGCUACAGUGAAGGAUAAGGCUAAAGUGAAGGAUAGAACUGCCAAUCAGGCUACAAUGAAGGAUGAAACAGCCAAUAAGAGGACAGAGAGCACCCCGGAAACCCAGCCAGAGACCAAUCAGAGUGCUCAUAUAGAGGGGAUGGACUGGCAGCAGAAAUUACGACACAUCAUGUUCCUGGAAAAGGAGGGUAACUUCCUGCUUACAGAACAGAAAUACAGCGAGGCCACAACAAAGUUCAAGGAGGCUCUGGAGUACGUGGACUUCAUUCAAAACAAGGAGGUGUGCUAUAAAGACAGGAGGGAGGACUGGGACUCUCUGGAGAAGGUCCGUGUGCCGAUCACUCUCAACCUCAGCCAGUGUCUGCUGGAGCUCAGGGACUACCAGGAAGUGGUGGCGCUCAACACCAAGCUGCUCAAGAAACACAGAGAUAACUUCAAGGCAGUGUACCAGCGGGCCAGAGCCCACUCGGCUCUGUGCAACGAGGAGGAGGCCAGGAAUGACUUCCAGAAGGUGGAGCGUCUGGAGCCCAGGUUGAAGCCCAUCGUCAAUCAGGAGAUGAAGAGGCUGGGCGAGAACCUCCGGAACAAGCACAUCCUCGACAAGAAGAACUACUGGGAAGCUACAGAGGAAAAGUGGGGCCUCGAGGGCACCAAGGCCAAGACCAAAGCCAGGAAAGUAAAGAAGACAGUGAAGUUUCAAGAGGAGAAAAAAGUAGAGGGGAGCGUUCAGAAAGAAGGGGAAGCAGGGAAGACUGUAAAAGAGGGAGGUAGUGAUGGAGUGAGAGAGGAGAAGAAGCCAGAGGGAAAAGGAGAGGAGGGGAGUGCGAAGAGUGCGGAGAAAGCAGCCAUUGCUGAGAAAGGGGGAGGUAGUGGGGGAGUGGAGAAGGAUAGUGGGAAAAGAAGAGAGAGUGUAGAGGUAGAGAGAGAUGGACAGGCGGGGGUAGUUAAUAGAGCAGGAGAUAAAGAGACAGAUAUGGCACAGACCAAUGAAGGCAAAGAUAAUGUAGCUACAGAGAGAUCAGGGAAGGAUAAGGCUGUGAAAAAGGGCAAAUGUCACUUAACUGCCGCACAGGAAGUAACCAAGGGAAGCACAGGGAACAAAGGCACCAAUGAGAGUACAAGAAGCAAAGCCAUUCAAUCCGAAUCGACCAAUAGGAGUCCAUUAGCCACCGCUGACCUCCCUAACCCACAGGCCACAGAGGUACUUUCAGAUGUAGCCGAGGAGAGAGUCAGGUUAGACACACAGAUCAACAGACCCAACAAAGGAGAGGCAGAGGAAAGCAAAAUGAAUGACGGGAGUAAAUCAGAGGGAAAGCGUUCUGACGAACAGCCGUGUCCAUCGGAGGGGGCGAGCCACACCAAAUCUGGGGUCUCGACUCGAAAUCCGUCUUUCAAGUCCAAGCGUAAACACAAGAAAAAGAAAUGAAGGAUACUCUGGCAUUGAUAUGAUCAUUAAGUAUCAUGUGAUGAUUCUCAUAAUUCAAUUCAGGAUCAUCGCUUGAGGCGUACACACACACACAACACAAGCAGACGUUCUGUGUAACAAAUACAAAUUUUAUUUCUCCUUUUGUACACAAAGAGUAGAAAGCAGCCAGUAACCCACUCGUUAUUAAAAAGGCAUUUCUUUCACAAACGUUUUAUACAGAUUAAAAACCGACCGGGAGGACAGCAAUAGGGAGGAAUGUUAGUACAGUACAUAAACAAUGAAAUAAAUGGCAUUGACGCAUUAGUCAAACAAAUCAUCACGUAAUGAGGCGUGGUAAUGUUAAUUAAAAAAAAAUUGACUUCAGAUCGACAUUAAAAUAGAGACGAUGAGUGUUUUUUUUUUUUUGCGGCAGCGAGGCAUCUGCCUGUGUCUUAGCACAGGCUAGUGUAUGUUGUCAUAGCUCUGAUUCCCGUAAGAGUUCAGGCGAUUCAUGGCCCUGCCGUGUUACAGAGCGCCAAACAACCCUCGCUGUGUCUCGUACACAAUGCCAGAGUGCACGGGACUCAAACAUGGAAGGUCUCGCAGCUUACAUGUUGGGGAAAAAUGAGCGCGCUCGUUAACGGGUUGACCCCACCAUAUAUAGCAGGGGGCACCACCCCCGUUGGCCAUGUUCUCUAAACUGUCUCUGCCUCGCUCUGUCUCCAGAGAAGAGUGCUUCUCUUCAAUCCCACUGAAGAUGGUGGGACUGGUUCCCCAGCGUGCGGUCGCGCCACGGGGAGUUACUGGUUCUGUUUUUUUUUAGAACAUUAGAUGCCUCAGAUGGAUAAUCACAUGACUACAGAGAGACGUGGUGUGGGCAGUAUAACUCAUUGUUAACACUCCCUCAGAGAAAAAAAAAGCCUUUUGAUGAGUUAGUCUUCAGAGGACCACUACAAAGAGAGUAUUGGCUUCUGGGAGUUUGAGUAAGAAGGGUACAGUGAAGAGCUACAGCUCUGCUGCAUUACAAACAGACCAUAGGAAUAUACAGUGGCAAGAAAAAGUAUGUGAACCCUUUGGAAAUACCUGGAUUUCUGCAUAAAUUGGUCAUAAAAUUUGAUCUGAUCUUCAUCUAGGUCACAACAAUAGACAAACACAGUCUGCUUAAACUAACACACAAACAAUAAUGUCUUUACUGAACACAGUGUAAACAUUCACAGUGCAGGGUGGAAAACGUAUGUCACGUUUCGAUGGCAGGAAAAGGGGUGAAGUCAAGCGCAGGAGACGGAGGUCCGUUGAACAAAACAUUUAAUAAUCCAUAAACAAAAUGCCGCAACAAGGCAGGGUGCAGAGUCCCAAUAUGGCAGGAGAACAGCUCCAAAAUCCAAAAUUGACGGGGCGCAGCCCGGCAACCCUAAAACCUAAAUAGUACGCGGCGUAGUCUAAUACAUAUAUAUAUCCUGGCCACAACGUAAAACAUUACAAGCAACAAUCCCCAAACAAAACAGACAAACUAAAUCCCCCCCCAAUUACAAACGACCGCCGAGCACCGCCCGACCGGAGAGAGGCGCCACCUUCUGUGGACGUUGUGACAACGUAUGUGAAUCUUUGGCUUUAAUAACUGGUUGACCCUCCUUCGGCAGCAAUAACCUCAACCAAACGUUUUCUGUAGUUGCGGAUUAGACCUGCACAACGGUCAGGAGGGAUUUUGGACCAUUCCUCUUUACAAAACUGCA